AAAAAUAUACACAGUAACACGUCCGUGGUAGGUCCUCCUGAAGCUCGGCCAUUUGCCUCAGCGAGUAGCGAAUUGUAGCUGAUUCGUGAGUGACACCAAGUGACACUAAACCUCAGGUCUAACAAAAGAUUUUCAUUUUUAAAUAUUUUUUUUGACAAUUACCUGGGCGGGUUAUACCCGUUAAUACGUCAAAAUAACGCGUCGAAAAAGGAUGAUACAUUCGGGGCGUACGAGACUCGAGCAAAAAGUAAAUGAAAUAAAAGUGCAUAAAGGGAUCCAGACGGUUGCGAGGAUGGAGCAAUCGACGACGGCGGGUAAUCAGUGGUCGAAGCACCAUUAUCCCUACCAACAUUAUUAUCAUCAUUACCACAAUUAUUAUUACUAUCAUAAUGAUCACCAUCAUCGUCAUCAUCACCGUCACCAGCAUGAUCAGCAGCAUCAUCAGCAGCAGCGUCAGCGGCAGUGCUGCGAUCAUCACCACCAUCAGCAGCAGGAGUGUCUGCCGAGCUCUUACUAUAUGUCCCCAUCGAUAGCCCAAAUCUCGAUGGGUAGUAUGAAAAAACAGUCCUCUGGUGUACAGCUAACAUGGGUAUUUCAUGACGACGAGGCACAAAUAAACAAAAAACUGCCAAAAGAAUUACUGCUAAGGAUCCUAUCAUAUCUUGAUGUAGUCUCGUUGUGUCGAUGUGCUCAAGUAAGCAAAGCCUGGAACGUUUUAGCUUUAGAUGGAUCCAAUUGGCAGCGGAUUGAUUUAUUCGAUUUUCAACGAGACGUUGAGGGACCAGUGAUAGAAAAUAUAUCAAGAAGAUGCGGAGGUUUUUUACGUCAGCUAUCCCUCCGCGGUUGCCAGAGUAUAGGCAACAACUCGAUGAAAACACUCGCCCAAUCUUGUCCUAACAUCGAAGAAUUGAAUUUGAGCCAGUGUAAAAAAAUAUCAGACGUAACUUGCGCUGCGUUGAGCAGCCACUGUUCAAAGUUACAGCGUUUGAAUCUAGACUCGUGUCCGGAGAUAACCGAUCUUGCGCUCAAGGACUUGUCAGAUGGCUGCCGACUACUUACUCACAUUAAUUUGUCUUGGUGUGAGCUAUUGACGGACAACGGGGUCGAAGCACUGGCACGUGGAUGUCCAGAGCUGAGAAGUUUCCUAAGCAAGGGCUGCCGACAACUUACUGAUCGGGCCAUAAAGUGCCUCGCUCGUUACUGCCCAAACCUCGAAGCAAUCAAUCUCCAUGAGUGCCGAAAUAUAACUGACGACGCAGUGCGAGAAUUAAGCGAACGUUGCCCGCGACUGCACUACGUUUGUAUAUCAAACUGUUCAAAUUUAACAGACGCCUCGUUGCUGAUGCUAGCACAACACUGUCCACUGCUCAGUAUUCUCGAGUGUGUUGCCUGCACUCACUUCACUGACGCUGGUUUCCAAGCCCUCGCUCGAAACUGCAGGCUAUUAGAGAAAAUGGAUCUAGAAGAGUGCACUCUCAUCACUGAUGCCACUCUCAUUCAUCUUGCAAUGGGUUGCCCGCGACUUGAGAAACUGAGUUUGUCUCAUUGUGAAUUAAUAACUGAUGAAGGAAUACGACAGCUAGCACUGUCACCAUGUGCUGCUGAAAAUUUAGCCGUUUUGGAGCUUGAUAAUUGUCCACUUAUAACGGAUGCUAGUCUUGAUCAUUUGUUGCAGGCGUGCCAUAAUCUUGAACGAAUCGAGCUUUAUGACUGCCAGUUAAUCACUAGAUCCGGCAUACGUAGACUUCGGUCACAUUUACCAAAUAUCAAAGUACAUGCGUACUUUGCACCAAUGACUCCACCACCAAGCGCCGGCGCAUCUCGACAACGUUACUGUCGUUGCUGUGUUAUCCUGUGAUUUAACAAUCGAUUAAUACUCAUUAUAUAUGAGUAAUUAUAAAUAACUUGUUUAUUGAUUUGCCAUCGAUUUAUUGGCUGGUGAUGGAUGACAUUCAUCCAUCAAAAUAAGGAGAGUAGCCUUUUGAUGGUAUUUUUGAAGGAGAAAUAAAAUGUUAUUACUGCGAAGAGUAUUUGGGGAGAGGUUUGUUGAGCAAAAAUAAAAUAAAAAUAACCGAGUCCGCGUUUAAAUUGAUCACACAUUAAUCGACUAAAUAAAUAUCCCGAUGAUAUUUGUUUAUUAUAUUGAUUAAUAAUAAUAAUAUUAAUAUGUAUUUUUCGGAUUACUCUGUAUUUUAUUUGUAGGCAUUAUGUUUCAUUAUUAUCAUUAUAUACUUUU